AUGGAGGGGAACGUCCACACGACAGAGGGUCACGUGACCACCGACCGGGUCACCUUCUCUCUCUCUCUCUCUCUCUCUCUCUCUCUCUCUCUCUCUCUCUCUCCCCCCACAGUGUGCUGCUUCGUGGUGCACAAACGCUGCCAUGAGUUCGUCACCUUCUCCUGUCCUGGUGCCGAUAAAGGACCCGCAUCAGAUGACCCGAGGGCGAAGCACAAGUUCAAGAUCCACACCUACUCCAGCCCGACCUUCUGCGACCACUGUGGCUCUCUGCUGUACGGCCUCCUGCACCAGGGCAUGAGAUGUGACCACUGUAUGAUGAACAUCCACAAGCGCUGCGUGGCCAACGUGCCCAGCCUGUGCGGGACGGACCACACCGAGAGGAGAGGUCGCCUCCAGAUCACCGCCGAGGUCAAGACUAACGUCCUCACCGUUACCAUCAAAGAGGGCAGGAACCUGGUCCCCAUGGACCCCAACGGCCUGUCGGACCCCUACGUGAAGCUGAAGCUGAUCCCGGAUCCCCGCAGCGAGAGCAAGCAGAAGACCAAGACCAUCAAGUGCUGCCUCAACCCCACCUGGAACGAGACCUUUAAAUUCCACCUGAAGGAGUACGACAAGGACCGCCGCCUGUCGGUGGAGGUGUGGGACUGGGACCUGACCAGCCGCAACGACUUCAUGGGCUCGCUGUCCUUCGGCAUCGAGCUCCAGAAACUCGGAGUGGACGGAUGGUUCAAGCUGCUCUCCCAGGAGGAAGGCGAGUACUUCAACGUCCCCGUGGCUCCGGAGGGGGAGGAGGGCAACGAGGAGCUCCGCCAGAAAUUUGAG